ACCCCUAGUUUCUAGUUUCCGCAGAAAUGGCUAACGAUUAAAAUUAGCGUGUCGUCAAAGCCGUUUGAAAAGUCGUGAGAUGUCCGAGAAUUGCCGAUCGAUGCAUAGUACGAAAUCGUGCGUCGGUUUAUGUUGUGAACUGGUUAACCUGUGGUCGUUUCCCCCGGCAACUGACUGGCGACGUGGCGCUCCUAGAAGCUCCCACGUUGAUCCUGUCCCCUCUGCAGCAUCGCCAAGUGCCGACUCCCGCUCUUCUCCAUUGCGCUACGUGUCUCCAGAGCUCUCUCCUCUCUUUCCUCGUGUCAGCCCUUCAAAUUCAACUCGAAUCAACCCAAAAUCCAUGCAACUGCUGCAGCAUAUCCGCAAUCCUGAUUCGAAAAGCUAGACGAGCGUCGCACAUUGCCAUUAUCAUCAACUCCGUCUGAUCUCUGGCUGCACAGUACAGCACGUCUGCCAUGGCUUUCCGGUCACCGAGCCGCUUGUACUUGAUGCUGCACCGCGCAAGGGGCGUCAGUGCUGGCACGUCCUACGCCACUGCCACUGCGCCAAAGCUAAAGGCCUAUGCUCCAUCUGCGCCAGCGGACGUUGGGCGGGCCGAGCAGAGGGCAGGCAAGCCGUGGGGAAGCUAUGUGCCGGUAUGUGUGGCAGCGGGGAUGAUACUGCUAGCGGCAACCCUGGGACUGCACACGAUGAAGCAGCAGAUAAUGCACUCGCCAGCGGUGCGGGUGAACAAGUCGAGACGGGAGACGGUGCCGGAGGUGGUGGAGCCGGAGCGGGUGGUGGAGGAGUCGGAGAACUUCCUGACCCGAUCCUUCUUUAGGAAGGUGGCACACGUGCAGGACGUCAACCCCGGGGAGGCCGUCCCCGACCCGAUCAGGAAGGACGCCUUCGCCCACCCCCCAAAGGCCGAGACACUCCGGUCAGUCGGAGUCGAUCCUGUGCCCAAGCACCCUUGAAACCUCCACACAACCACCCUCUCCGCUUCCUGUCGGGGGAGGAAUUUGAUUAGCCACCGUGUUUUGUGAUGUACAUAGAAAGACGAGGUUGUCUUCUCUUUCAGCAGAGCAAUAGGGUGACUUUUGUCCGUCAACGUGACCGAGAAAGUCAACAGAAUAAGGUCAUUGCUCCCACUUUAUGAUCUCAUGUGUGUUUUCCUGCAUUGAGACGGGCUUAGACUAAA